AGCUCUAGAGUCCUCCUUCAAGAUCACUGGGAAGCCUGUUUGCAGAUUCACUCUUGAAUGCUGCCUUAGACAACAAUAUUGACCAACCCCAGUGAGCCGAGCUCUGUGUUAAGCACCAGGGGGAGAUCUAGAGGAAGGAAAGGAGACAGGCCACAGCCCCUGCCUUCAGGGAGCUUCCAGUCAAAUGAAGGAGGCAAGUCUGCUGGCUUGUGAAGGCCUGGCGGGGGUGAGUUUGGUGCCUACUGCGGCCAGCAAGAAGAUGAUGCUCAGCCCGAUCACCAGCAAGCAGACUGAGAAUGGCGAGCGGGCCGGCAGCCCGGAUGUGCUGAGGUGCUCGAGCCAGGGCCACCGAAAAGACAAUGAUAAGUCCCGGAGCCGUAAAGAUGACGACAGCUUGGCUGAGGCCUCUCAUUCCAAAAAGACUGUUAAAAAGGUGGUGGUAGUGGAACAAAAUGGUUCUUUUCAAGUAAAGAUUCCAAAAAAUUUUAUUUGCGAGCACUGCUUUGGAGCCUUUAGGAGCAGUUACCACCUCAAGAGGCACAUCCUUAUUCAUACUGGUGAGAAACCAUUUGAGUGUGAUAUUUGUGAUAUGCGCUUCAUCCAGAAGUACCACCUGGAACGCCACAAGCGUGUGCACAGUGGUGAAAAGCCUUACCAGUGUGAACGAUGUCAUCAGUGUUUUUCUCGGACAGAUCGAUUACUCAGACACAAACGGAUGUGCCAAGGGUGCCAGUCCAAGACUUCCGACGGGCAGUUUUCUCUAUAGGUGCAAGGGGCCCUGGGUGGUGGGAGUGAUCAGAAGAAUCUACUGAAGAGUGCACCCUCUCGGGUCUGAUGGUCCCACCACCACCUCAUCUGACCUGUCCCCCUCCUGGCAGAGUGGACCCAGGAGGCCAGAAGAGUGCUUCAGGGGACAGUGACUCCAGAGCCUGUGCUCUGUAAAUAAUCUGAGACUGUGAGUAUGUCGGGAAGUUCCUUCAGCAUUCCUGGCUAGGGAACUAGUCCCUGGACCCGUGGCUGAGGUCAUAGAUGGGGACUUAACGGUGUAGGACCAAGACUGAAGUGUGGCUCCCACAGCCUUGGACUCCAGCUGGCAGCUGAAAUGGAAAAGAUGGGGGAAGGGGAUUCUGUUCUGUUCUGUUCUUGUUUUUGUUUAUCUGAAAGCAGUUUCAGCAGGUAACUGUGGAUGCCGUAAUCUGGAGGCAUAAAGUCCUGGUCCAAAGCAGGGACUGUGGCUGCCCUCCCCAGAACUGAGCUUUUAGCUAUCAUAGACCCUCAGCAUUCCACAGACCUGCGUCUCACCUCCUCUUUGAGGAAGGAUAAGAUCAGGGAUGGCAGCCGAAAUUACUUUGGCCUUCUUAUACACUGUAGAGACAAAAGGAAAAACGGGCGGAGCAGACAAGGGCUGGAUCCAAGAAAAGUGGGCAGUACCUCUUACCUCCUCAGAAGAGCAAGAGUUGUGCCCAUGGGUGUUGUCAUGGCCUGUGCCGUACUGGUACCUGCUAAGGUCAGCUCAAGUGCCUUUUGGAGGAAACUUGGGUGAGAGGGACCCACAAAGUCCUUUUCCUUCUCUCUGGGCCACUGGUCUUGGACACGGUUUGUGGCUACCUCACUGUCAUUGACUCCUAAAGCGAGAACAGAGAUUUUGAGCAAGGAGUCAUUUUCAAUCGAGUUCUGUCCUUGUGCCCUCUUAGAGAUAACCCAGGACUAGUCCCAAGUUGGCGAACAGCUGUUUAGGAAAUGAGGAUUUGGCAGCCUCUGACACAACUGCUGAGCAGUAGAUUCAGUUCUUCCUGCCACAUCCUAUCACUGUAUUCAGAUAGAGGAGAUAGGGGUCUGGCCUUGGGUCUCAAAGAACAGGAUCUUGGCCUCCUUAGUAGCUGUCCCACCCAACAAAGAAUGGGGCAGGAGGAAUGCUGCAGAGAAGGGACCGCAGAGAGAAACCUAAUCUGGGUUUUAUUCUUAACGUGUUCUUUGUUCCUCUCUGCUCCAAAACCACCACCAUGUCUGCCCCAAGAAAAGUGAUUGUGUGUGUGUGUGGAACAUGAGUGUUCAUGUCUGUAUGCUUGGAGGAGAUGUUGUAUUACUGAACCAAACCCUUCUCUGGCCCUUGGCCUAAGAGAGAUGAACAUAAAACAGCUGUCUCCCACUCAUACCUGAAAGUAGCUUGAGUGCCAGCAGGAGCUGAGGAAUCCAUUUAGGGAACAGAAGAGCUUUGUUCGAUAAGGGUUUUUUCAGAUCAAUUCAACAGGCUGGUGUGUCGGGUGUUUCUGACCCAAACCAGGACUUGCGUGUGUGAAUUUUUUAAGAUGAAAUAAAAGGUCCUCUUCCUUCCUGCUAAAGGAAGGAUCUCUUAUGACAGGUUCCAGAGUUUGGUUAACCACGUAACAGGUGAGAAUGGGGGGGACUGUCCUCAGAGUAAUCAUGGAGACUGGGUGAACCUGAGCCCCAAACUGUUGACAGGAUCUGAAAUGGCAGCCUCCAGGAAGUGUGGUUCAUUACCUGGAAAAUGUGGGGAAUAGGCAACAGCAGCAGACUCCUGGCUACUACCUAUUCUAGGGAUUGGUGCGGGUAGAGACCCUCCAUUCCUGUGAGGUAGAAAUAUUUCAGGGAAGAAUAAAGGAGACAUGGCACCCUUUAGCUUUUCUCUGAUGGCAUCUGAGUUCCUUUGGAGGAGACGCUGAGGAAUGUCCGCUGCCAUGUGUUACAGCUUUAUACUGACACUCCUGUUCGAUGUCCGCAACCCACACCUUGGUCCUUGGAUCCGCCCUGUGGUCCCUGCAAGCAGGGUCGUAUUUCUGCAUGUGAGCCAGCCCCCUUCCUAUUAGAGGGCUCUGCCGGGGCUGGGGUUCUGUCAUUCAACUCUGGAAAGGAGGAUACACUGAGAAAGUCAUUCUCCCAAAAGUGCUUUUCAAAGUGGGAGCCCUGUCCCUGCCCCUUGGAGCUGAUCUUUCUGGGAGGACGAGUGUGUGAGGAGAGUCACGUGAGUGACUGUGCCCCUAUGUGUGUGAAUGUGUGUGCGAGGUCAGAGCAUGCCCUGGCCCUCACGGACAUCAGCUUCCUGCCUGGGUGGGUAGGUGGGAACUCCUGAGCAUGUGUGCAGAUGGCUGAAGCAGCACCGGCCCUGCCAAGGCCUGGGCGUGGGGGAGCUCGGGAGCAGGUGGUUAGUCCAGUUGUUCAGGUGCUGAUGUUCCUGGCAGUGGAUGUAUGAGGAGACCAGCAAAGGGGUGACAGAGGCCCAGGAGCCCCACUUCUACCCCAGAGAACCUGCAGACCAGGACCACUGCAAAGGCUGCUGGGCUCCAUGCCCACUCCUCCUGAGCUGGAAAGAUGCCUCAGGGGUGUGGGAGUGGAGAAGUGGAGCCAGGGCGGCCCCUGAGAGCAGGACAUGCAGUUGAGGGGCCUGGGAAAGAUAGUGCCGGUUUCUGGUUGGGUUCCUGUACCAGGCCUGACCAGCUCUGCCCUUCCCAGCACCCCAUCUUUUCGUCCAUUCCCCCCUUGUCAUCACUUAGCUACUGAUUGUGCCCCAUGGCUUGGCACUGGAGAGGUUAAAUGAGUGGAGCCCACUACAACCUUUAACCCUCUCCCAGAUGCUCUUGGCCUCUGCUGCAGCCCUGGGGCUUUCGUCUUCAGCAAUCCCCCCUUACCCUCCCUCUCCACCUUUUUUUUUUUUUAAUAUACUUAUUUUGCUAUGGGGGAGGGGACUUAAAUGAACAAGAUCACUUUUAAAUGGUAGUUUUUAUAAGAUGUUAUAAACUUGUAUCUUUUUACCAUUAAAGUGCAGUGUAUGUUCCUUCGUGAUAUAUUUAGGAUAUUUAAAUAAAAAGAAGGGGACUUUUCUA